AUGGGCAUCAGGAAGCAGAGCAAGCUGCCUCAGGCGGCGGCGCUGAAGCAGAUCCUGCGGCGGUGCUCGAGCCUCGGCAAGAGGAGCCACGUGUGCGCCGACGACAGCGGCGGAGGCGCGGACGUGCCGAGGGGCCACUUUCCGGUCUACGUGGGCGAGAACCGGACCCGGUACGUCGUGCCGAUUUCUUACCUGACCCGACCCGAAUUCCUGGGCCUUCUGAGGCGGGCCGAGGAGGAGUUCGGGUUCGAGCACGAAAUGGGCCUCACCAUACCUUGCGAAGAAGGCCUUUUCGAGUCCCUAACCUCAGUGCUCGGAUAA